CGCUGGCUGCCGGGUGAGCACGAGUGUAGACGCGCGUGGCGCGCUAAAUCUUGCAGCGCUCGCCCUCGCCAAGCCAGGUUUUGGGGCGGGGCGGGGGGUGGGGGGAGUGUUCCCUAGUUUCCCCCUCCGCACACUGGAAGGGUGGUGGGAAGGAAAAAAAAAAACCGAAACACUAAAACCCUUGAUUUGAACAUUCUGGGCGCUCCAAAUUUUCAAACUCGUGGCCCAGCCCGCUUUGCCGUGGGGAUCCGAGUGCGGAGAGGAAAGUUGGGGAAAGGUAAGUCGUGCGGGCACUUGGAGAAGUUUCCAAGGACACCAGAUGAAGAUGGAAACCUCAGGACAGGCUUCAGCUUCAGCUAGCAAAAAGAGAAAGUCGAGCCCGCCUUCCUGCCAGGAAAAAAAAUAACAACACAACAACAAGAACUCCGAAGGGGGUGGAAUGAGUGAUGUCACAGAGCGCGCUGCAAAGCUGACAAAGGGUGGGCGCCCCUCCCCCUCCCCCUCCGCCCCGUGCGGCCCCAGGGAGGGGCGCCCCAGUGCGGGGGAGCGGAGCCCGUGGACUCGAAACUUUGCCUCUUUAAGAAAAAAAGUUGCGCACGGCUCUGAGUGGUUUUUUUUUUUUUUUUUCCGCCUUCUUUCCUCGUCUCCCCUCCCCCUUCUUCCUUUUGAAAGUUUCUUUCCUUCCCCUCCUCCCUUCCUCGCUCCCGCUUGACCGCAUGGCUGAUUCAACCUCAGUGUCAAUCAACUUUUUUUUCCUCCUCCUCUUCUUCAUUUAAAUAAGUUUAAAGCUCCUCCUCCCCCCAGCCCACCAAAUCUGAAACUUAUAAAUUGGGCUUUGCGCGCCGCAGCCCGGGAGAGUCAGAAAGGCGAGGGGCGCCGGGAGCAGGCGUGUGGGACUCCUGACCGGAGAGCCGGAGGCUGCGCCUUCCCCGCACCCGGACCUUCACGACACAUCAGAUCCGAGCCCUUGUCCCGUGGGAACGCCCAUGAUGACCACCACCCUCGUGUCUGCCACCAUCUUCGACUUGAGCGAAGUUUUAUGCAAGGGUAACAAGAUGCUCAACUACAGUACUCCUAGUGCAGGGGGCUGCCUGCUGGACAGGAAGGCAGUGGGCACCCCUGCUGGUGGGGGCUUCCCUCGGAGGCACUCCGUCACUCUGCCCAGCUCCAAGUUCCAUCAGAACCAGCUUCUCAGCAGCCUGAAGGGUGAGCCGGCCCCAUCCCUGAGCUCUCGAGACAGCCGUUUCCGAGACCGCUCUUUCUCUGAAGGGGGCGAGAGGCUGCUGUCCACCCAGAAACAGCCUGGGAGUGGCCAGGUCAACUCCAGCCGCUACAAAACGGAGCUGUGCCGUCCCUUCGAAGAGAACGGUGCCUGUAAGUACGGGGACAAGUGUCAGUUCGCCCACGGCAUCCACGAGCUCCGCAGCCUGACCCGCCACCCCAAGUACAAGACGGAGCUGUGCCGCACCUUCCACACCAUUGGCUUUUGCCCCUAUGGGCCCCGCUGCCACUUCAUCCACAACGCUGAGGAGCGCCGUGCCCUAGCCGGGGCCCGGGACCUCUCCGCUGACCGUCCCCGUCUCCAGCAUAGCUUUAGCUUUGCUGGGUUUCCCAGUGCCGCUGCCACCGCCGCUGCCACAGGGCUGCUGGACAGCCCCACCUCCAUCACCCCACCCCCUAUCCUGAGCGCCGAUGACCUCCUGGGCUCACCUACCCUGCCCGAUGGCACCAAUAACCCCUUCGCCUUUUCCAGCCAGGAGCUGGCCAGCCUCUUUGCCCCUAGCAUGGGGCUGCCUGGGGGUGGCUCGCCCACCACCUUCCUCUUCCGGCCCAUGUCUGAGUCCCCUCACAUGUUUGACUCUCCCCCCAGCCCUCAGGAUUCUCUCUCGGACCAGGAGGGCUACCUGAGCAGCUCCAGCAGCAGCCACAGUGGCUCAGACUCCCCUACCUUGGACAACUCAAGACGCCUGCCCAUUUUCAGCAGACUUUCCAUCUCAGAUGACUAAGCCAGGGUAGGGAGGGACCCCUUUCUUGCCUUUCACCCCUCCUUCCUUCACCCCAUACCAUACCCUCACCUCCUCAGCACCCUCACCUUGCCCUCAAUCCUUACAUUGAUAAAUUUAAGCUCAAUCUCUUCCCCAGAACCUUUGAAUGUCCCUUCUCCUCCCACCCCCCCACCCCCCUUACCAUAAGGACAAGUCAAUUUGUCAGUAGCUUCUUCUGGCUUGAAACCCCCUCCUUCCAUUUCAUAGCCCACUCACCACACAUAACAAAGAGUCCCAUAUUUGUCAGUAGAUGCCUUUUUUUGGCUUAAGCCUUAAGUGCCAAAUCACAAAAGAAAAAGCAGUAACAGUUUACAGAAGCAACUUAGUGCCUUGUAAUCUAACUUUGUCACUGUGACUACAUUACCUCUUCAACGCCAGGGGGCACCCGUGGGCCUCCCAGAGCCUCUGCCCUUUUGGGGGGGGGGGUGACCCAGAAUCAGCAGCUCCCCCAACUGGCGACACAAGUGCACCUUCCUUUCAGUCUCCCACACACUUCCUCCCUCUUCCUCAUAGUUAUCCCCCUCCCUCAGAGAGAUGUUGCUGGACAUGGGUUUUUGGGGAAACCUAUUUUGACAUUCAAAACCUUUUUCUUCCCAACCCGAACCCCUAUUGACUAAUCUUGCUUGGGUUUGUAUAGAUCUUCAGGAAGGAAGGUUGAACAAGUUGGACGGCGAUUUUGACAUAAGUGGGACUUUGUGAUUUAAUUUUUUUUUUAAGUGGGGAGGAAGGGGAAGCUAGAUGGACUAUGAGAGACUUGAUUUUGGUGCUAAAGUUCCCCAAUUCAUAUGUGACAUCUUUUUAAAAAUGACAAGAAAAUGAGAGAAAAGCUAAAAAAAAAACAAACAAAAACAUGUAAGGGGUGAGCAGUUAAUGGUAUUCAUUCCACAUACAAUAUCUGUGUAAAACGAUUUCCUGUAGAAGUAGCUUUAAUGGUUUUUGCUCUAGAAUACCGUAGGUCUACCCUUAGAGAGCACUCACGCCAUGCUUUUUUCCCUGGGUUUAAACUUCAUGUAACUUUCAGAAAUUGGAGAGCAAAAAUUUUGCUUGUCACUGCACAUCAAUAUAAAAAAGCUUAUUUAACUUAUCAAAACGUAUUUAUUGCCAAACUAUGCUUUUUUUUGUUAAUUUUGUUCAUAUUUAUCGGGAUGACAAAUCCAUAGAAUAUAUUCUUUUAUGUUAAAUUAUGAUCUUCAUAUUAAUCUUAAAAUUUUGUGACGUGUCUUUCCUUUUUUCCACAGUUUUAAUAUAUUAUUCUUCAACAACAUUUUUGUAACUUUACACUUUUUUGGUUAUUUUAUUUUAAAAAAAUGAAAAAUUAAUUUAAAAAAAUGCAAAAAACUGUUGGAUUAUUUAUUUUAGAAAUUCCCCCUUUUGUGUUGGACUGCAAAUUGAGUUUCUUUCUCUUUAGGCCUUUUACAAGUAGGACUGAGAAUGUAUGUAAAAGUUCUGUGACAGUACAGAAGGAAAACCACCUUUUAUGUAUAGCUUCUAAAAGGGAAAAAAAGAAAAAAAAAGAAACCCUUUGACUUCCAUGUGCCCAUCUCAAGACAUUCCAAUCGCAGAUUCAAGGUUCUGGAUUCCAGGUUGGAGUUUUCCAAUGUUAACAAACAGAACUGGCGCACAACACAUAAAGAUGAAUGUAAUUAUUAUUCUUCUUGCUGGUCACUACCGUCGCUUUCUAUUUCUCUUUCUUUGUGUGAAUUUAUUUAAAAGAAACCUUUUUUGUAACGACUAUUUGCAGUUUAAAAAUCAAUAAACCCCGUUUUUUUCAAGAAA